AGUUUCACAAGAGAAUACUGAGUUCCUUCAGAGCCCCCGUUCAAAAUCUAAUGGAAGAAGCUGGUCGACUAUCUUGUGUCAUGGAGACAUACGCGCGUAAUGUGGCAGAAACCUCCAGUUGCCCGUAUACCACAAUUCCCAAAGCGGACGGGAUACAGAAGGUAACAGACAAUGUGAUCCAGCACCUCAACCGGUAUCAAUCUUUUUUAAACAACAUGGUGGAAAGAAUUGAUCAUCUGUUGAAGCGCUCAAUAGACCAGGCAAGAUAUUUCACAAACCACCAAAUGCUGGAAGAGGAGGAAACGUCUACAGACAUGACGACUCGUUCAAACACAACCACAUCAGAUUUACAUUGGCCUCGAGGGAGCCCCAUGUGUCAAUUGGUGGUUCAACACCCUCUGCUGGAGAGUGCCACAGGAUCGACAUGCGGACAAGAGAUCCGAUGCUGCAGCCGGCUUUCAGACCACGAUUAAACAACCCGAGACUUGUUCGCCUGCUCAAUGGAUAGGACAAUGUUAAAUGUGGAGCCGCAAUCUUCUUCAAUUACCUCAUAACAGGAUUGUUUUGAACCACAUUUUGCUUAU